GCCUUCUCGCACGACUCAACGCGGCUAGCAUCAGCGGCCUGCGACAACACCGUCAAGAUAUGGGACGCGAGCAGCGGCGCGUGUCUGCAGACGCUCGACAUUGGCAGGGCUCUUUACAACCUGUCAUUUAAUGUUACUAGCUCACAUCUACUUACAGAAAUUGGUUCUAUCAAUGUUAGUGCAUCUAAAGGUCUUGGUGUAAAAAAUGAUCCGGUACUUCAAUGUCCCCAGUACGUGGGCGCGGGCAUUAGCCCAGACGGCACAUGGAUCACGUGUAACGGCAAGAACCUGCUCUGGAUAUUAUCUGAGUAUCGAACAUCAUGCUCGUCUGUGUGCGGGGAUACGAUUGGCAUAGGUGUUGGAUCAGGAAGAAUUUGGUUUUGUAGUAUCAACCUCUACAUGUUUUCCUAG